UCCUCAGCCUCUUCCUCCCCGGUGCACUGAAGAAGAUAACCGGGUUCGGACCGACCGGCACCCGUUCUUCUUCGGAAAAGAAAACGAGGCGGAGAGACAGCAAUGAAUGUGGAUCAUGAGGUUAACCUCUUAGUGGAGGAAAUUCAUCGUUUGGGUUCAAAAAAUGCUGAUGGAAAGUUAAGUGUGAAAUUUGGGGUCCUCUUCCGAGAUGACAAAUGUGCCAACCUCUUUGAAGCAUUGGUAGGAACUCUCAAAGCUGCAAAACGAAGGAAGAUUGUUACGUACCCAGGAGAGCUACUUUUGCAAGGUGUUCAUGAUGAUGUUGACAUUAUUUUGCUGCAAGAUUAA